AAGCGUUAGGGACGACGGUGGUGACCACCACACUUCACCGUCCAACAGUUUGUCCUUUGAAGAGACACCCAGCCGUGAGGAAGAGACGGGGAAUGUGGUUUGGCAAUGAACCAUAUCUGCUCGUGGUUGGAGAAUGGGAAAAUAGGGUAAUCAUGGGUAGAUUGAGCAACCUACGCAAGGCACCCAAAGAACUACCUUUUGGUUUUAGGUUCAGGGCGGCGCUUCACCAUGAAGUGGCAGAUAGCGCGCCCUUAAUAAGUGGGUAUAAGAAAUUGGAGGAGAUGGUGAGGUCGUACCACAUCCCCAAAACAAUACUGCUCCGAGCUUGCACACAGAAUGAAAGGGCUUGCACAGUGUCACAGACGGGCUGGAUACUAGUAUUACGAGCUGGCUCUGACGUAGCUGACGCCCAACAGCAUAAGGUUCAUCAUAGGCUUUAUGCUGUUGUGUGCGAGGUUGGAGAUACUAGCCAAGGCGAUAGUGUUCAGGUCACUGUUCCAAUAAUAAACAACGAUCUCACUGCUCGGCUCUCUAAAUGGUGCGUGCCGAACACGCAUGUAAACUACCCCCAACUGUUGCCUCGGGAUACGGACCUGAAGAAUCAGCUGCUAGAGUAUGCAAAGAGGGAAAAUUUAAUAGACUUAGAAGCCCUGGCUACCUCGGAGCAGCUCGCCAUGUUCAGGUUUGUCGACGUGGCAAACCAGUUCACAGAAGCUAUACUUUUAUCAUAUACUAUGAAUUCUAGCCGAGUUGAGUCUUAUAUAUUUGUUUGUGCAGGGGAAAUGAGUAGCAUAUUGGAAAGGCAGUGCCAAGGAGCCCAGGGCUCCCGAGGUCGCACGGCGGGCAGCGCCUCACAGAGACAGACACGAUUUGACGAGCGGCCGCCACCAGCGCCACAAUCUCGCAGCUCGUCACAUCGUGGUUCCAACUUGGCGUCCAAGCCUCGCGCCGAGCAUAGAGCUAAAGCUGUGGCUCCUGUUGCACGCAGGCGUUCGCGUGAGGACACUGACAGUGAAGAUGAGGUCCCCCUUAUACGGCGUAGAACAAGUUUGGCGACCCAGCCCGCGCAGGCGAUUCAAAUUGCAGCCGCGCGCUCGCCUAGCGUGCCGUCUGCCAUGGCACAAGCAGCGGCUGAGCCCACAUCUGCGUCAACAUCGAUGUUGGCGCCGCGGAUUGCAUAUCCGAUCGGCUUCAGCUAUGUGAAGACCAAUUGCCAGCCCGCCAUGGUGCAAGGCAAGCAAAGCUUUGUGCCUCCUGUAGAUCGUCAACAGGCUAGGACUUAUGUACAACAGCAUGGCGAGCAGGUCGCCAUGAUCAAACUGAUGGACGCGUUCAGCUACGUGGUCACGUUGUUCGAGAGCGAGCAGGGGGCUCGUACGCAGAACAACGAGCUCAGCGCCAGUUGUAAACAGCUGGCCGUAGAGAAAGCGAGCCUAGUAGACGAUGUCAAUCAUCUACAAGGCUCUGAGAUGGCCACACGAGCUGCUUCGGCGGAGAGUCGAGUAGAGGAGCUCAUGAGUAAGAACAAUGAGCUCAAGGAAGAGCUGGAGAGGGCCCAUGCUGAGAAAGAAAGCGACAUCCAAGCACCCGUAUCAAGGGGUAGAAUGGUUGGUGGGCUCAGCCGUGUUCCAAGACGCUGUGGCGGUGGCGUCUGCAAACAUGACCACGGAAAUCUACAACGAGAUCUGUGGAAAAGUGCUGCAGCAUCGCCCGGACUUCCCAAUACUCUUAGAAGAAGGGGAGGAUCUAGAGGGCCUGCCUCAUUCGAUGUAUGGGUGGAAGGGGCUCUGGUGGCUGAACCAGAGCCGUCGAACACUCCCCCACCCUCUCAACCAGCCGUGGUGCCGGCGGGGUCUCCAGUUACUGCACUAGCUCACCAGCCUGUUGCCCGGCCCUUCAGCUCGUGCCUCAAACCCUCAUGCUGACGUGUCCACGCCCGUCGACCUGACGGACAAUUAGUUUAGGGUUUUACUUUUUGUUCUUUUGUAUUUUUUGUUUCUUUCCAUGAACAAUUGUAUCAUGAUGUCCUGUAUUGAAACUUAUAAUUUUUUGAACAAAAAUAGAAACUUGGA